GGGAACUGAGAGCGAGAGGGUGUGUGAAUAUUCGUGAACAUCAAUUAUAAACUCUUUUUAAAAUGUAGAGGCAAAAAAACUAACACGUCUACGAAUGAUGUAGACUAAUACAUAGAAAUAUAAGGAAAAAAAAACAGUAGAGUAGUUUCGAACUCAUAGCACGCUCGAAUAAACUAAGGCAAAGACGAGGACAAGUGCUUGAAUUCGAACGAGUGAUCACAAUGCAGUGAGAGAAAACGAAGAAAAAAAAAGUGCGACGAAAAUGCAUUUACUGGCAACUCUCCUUCCGGCGUCCUGUUUGGUGUUCCUCGUCUCGCCACCAUGUCACGCUCGAGAGAGGCGAGUGUCGUCCCCGCCGUCCAGAAGCAACGACUUGAAGGACGACCUCGACUUCGACUCGGCAGAUCGUGGGUCCUCGAGGAUCUUCAUCGAGGACGACCCUUGUCCUCUCCUUCCCCUUGAGGAUCAGAAGGAAGGCGAGGAGAAGGACGGCGAUAAAUGCCGAGGUUUUCUUCGAGGGCGACCUCGAGCCACGUCGGCCUCGACCUCCAGUGACGACGACCUCUCCCUCGAGAACCAGGUCGUCGGAGGUCAAAGGUCACAGGUCAAGAGGAGUAGGAGGAGAGGAAGAGACACCGAUGAUGAAAGAGGAGGAAGAGAGGGAAGUGAAGGAGGAGAAGAGGGAGAGGAGAUAAACGAGGGAAUGGAAUUAAUUGAGAAGGAUGUGGCGGAGGAGACCGAGCGUGACCUUAGUGAGAACCUGAGGGUCACACGUAGCGAGAUUGACCUUGAAGAAGAAGAAGGUCAGAAGCUGUGUAGGUCGAGGACGAAGCUCCUCCCACCGGACCUAUUUGAGGCGGACACAUGCGCCCUCUGCUACCACUACAUGAGGAACACCGAACUCUUCGUGAAUAAAUGGAGAAGCGUCGAGGUGGAGAGGAACAGCUGGGAAGAAGGAGGAGAAGAUACGACUCGAGCCUAUAGCAUCAACGUCCUGGAGACUCCGGAAGGCUCCUUGGUCGAGGCCAACGUCAGUUCAGAGAGACAACUUUCGUCCUUCAAAGUAGAAGAAGGAAGAGAAAAAUGGCGAACUUGUUGUCGGGCGGCGGUUUUGUGUUGCCGACAGAUGAUGGACGAACCGCAGUCUGCAGGCUACUGCCCGAGCACCUGGGACGGCUGGCAGUGCUGGCCGGCGACGUCCCCGGGCGAGGAGGCGAAGAGGCCCUGCCCGCCCUAUGUCUACUUCGGGAAGCCGUCGUCGUGUCCGAAAAUGGCCACCAAGCAGUGCACUUCCGCCGGCACCUGGUUCAGCAUAACCGAACGCGACGGCCGACUUCGCGAGUGGAGUAACUAUUCCUCGUGCGGUGACCCGGACAAGAUCUCCUCUCGUCUCUACGUGCACAUCACGGCUUACAGCAUCUCGGUCGCUGCUCUCCUACCCGCGCUCUGCAUCUUCAUGUCUUAUAAGCAGUUGCGUGUUCACCGCAUCACGUUGCACAAACAUCUGUUCAUCAGUCUACUCUUGGAAGCAACAAGUGUCAUUACGCUAAAACUUUUGCAACUGCGUAGAAAUGACCUAAUUGAAAAGAACCCAGCCUGGUGCAUCGGCCUCAACCUCCUUACCAAGUACACGAGCCUCAGCAACUACAUGUGGUAUCUGUGCGAGGGUUACUAUCUCCACAAACUCCUCGCGUCCGCUUUUGCCGAACAGAACAGUCUCGUCGUGUUCUAUUUGAUCGGAUGGGUGUUUCCUCUCCUGCCCCUGAGUAUAUACGUCGGGGUUCGAGCCUACUGGAAGGGGAGCAAAAACUGCUGGAUUCUGCCCAUGGACGACCUUGACUGGAUUAUUAACCUCCCGCCUCUCCUCGCUCUGCUGAUCAACAUUUUCUUCGUGGUAAACAUCAUCAGGAUUCUCGUCGGGAUAAUGCGAGCGCCAAAUGCCAACGAGCCUACUCAAUAUCGCAAAGCGGUGCGAGCCACAAUGAUGGUGGUCCCUCUCGUAGGCCUACAGUACAUAGUCACCAUAUAUAGGCCUAGAGCAAAAGGCUGCGACUGGCUUAAUGUUUACCAGAUCCUCAACAGCAUUAUAGAAGGAAGCACAGGGGCCGUGGUGGCUAUAAUAUAUUGCUACACGAACGGCGAGGUGCGGACUCUGCUGCGGCGCUCGUGGGUGCGGGUGCAGGAGCGGCGCGCCCCCCGCGGCGGCGGCCCGCGGGAGUCCAUGGCGGGGCGGUCCCGCAGCUUCUCCACGAUGCACACGACGCUGAUCGACCCCGCGCCCCUCGGGCCCUUCAACCCCCACAACCCCUCCAUCGGCUCGCUGGCCCUCGGCGUGGGCCACGGCGCACCCGGGGACGUCGAGGGCCACUGCCACGGCCUCGGCGGGUCGAGCGGGAGCGUCGCGCCCCUGGUGGAGGGCGGCCCGGCCGGCGGUGGCCUCAGAGGCGCCUCCGCCGCCUCCCAGACGUCGAUCCUAGCGGAGGACGCGAGGGGCAAGGGCAACGCCCCGGGCUCAGGGGAGAGGAACGGCAGGAACAACGGGUCGUGCGUCCAGGCCAGCCCCAGGGAGGGCGGGGCGAGGGCGCAGGGGGGCGGCGACAGGGGCGGGGCGGAGGGGGACUCCCGCGAGCCCGUGGUGGUGUUCAGCAAAGACGCCGCGAAGGUGGACUUCUGCGCCAACGGCCGCGUGAGGGCCGGCGACGAGGACUGA